GGUGGGGAAAAAACUAAAGCAAGAGGUGAAGACCGAAGGAGAGAAAGGACAGCGACGGGUUGCCUUUCUUUUCCUCUCUCUCUCUUUCCCUUUCUCUUUCUGGGUCUGUGUUCAUUUGAGACAAUAGGUGAUUGCAAAAAACAACUUACCGUGAAGAGCAUCCUCAGAAAGAGAAAGAGAAAGAGACGACAGACGACAACAGAGAAAGAAAGAGAGCGAAAGGGAUCGAGUGAGAAGCUGCAACUGUUACUGUAAUAUUAAACCUUUCACAAGAGAAAACGAUGCCUGAGAACUUUGCAUCCUUUCAUACCCUGCAACUCUAACAGUUGGGUCGGAUACGGAUAUUGAGGAAGGUGUGGUGAAGGAAAAGGAGAUAUGAAGAUGUUUUUAUUGAUAUGGGAAUAGCAACAUCACCACCACUCCCAUCCAAUAUUCUUCUCUCUCAACAGCAUUCCAAUUCUAUGUCCCAAGAUUAUCACCACCACCACCAGCAGCAAGGAAUCUUCACCUUCUCAAAUGGGUUGGAGAGAUCAGCUGCGCCGCCAUCGCCACAGCAGAUCCGGAGGGACAACAAAUUUAGACCGCAGCAAAGCGGGUUCGAGGCAGCACCGGCAUUAGAAGCAAUAGAGGAAGGGCUUCCUCCGGUUUACGAAACCGCCGGGAUGUUGUCGGAGAUGUUUAAUUUCUCUCCCGCCACCGCGGCAGAAUUGUUGGAGCAGCAGCACAUGUCAGCCACGUUUCGGUCCAGGCCGCCGCCGCAAGGAGUGGCAAGUAGCAGUGAGUGGUACGGUGGUGGUGGAAGAAAUCAAAACAGCCACCAGCAUCAGAUUACAGAUUCAGCUGCUGCCAUGCAGCUUUUUCUGAUGAACCCUCCUCCUCCACCUUCUCAAACAAGAUCGCCUUCUCCUCCUCCGCAUAACCGUCAAGCAGAAACUUCCUCCACACUUCACAUGCUUCUUCCUAAUCCUGCAGCUUCUUCCAAUUCCCUGCAAGGCUUUCCAGGCUCGGGAGGGUCUUAUGGACAAUUCACAUGGGUUCCUGAAAAUUCACAAGAAGCUGGAGGCCUUAACAACAACACACCUUCAGAAAUUGGAGGUGUUGUGGAAGGUCAAGGUCUUUCAUUAUCACUCUCAUCUUCUUUGCAGCACUUAGAAGCUGCAAAAGCUGAAGAAUUGAGAAUGGGUGAUAAUUCUGGUUUUCUAUAUUUCAAUCAAGGAGCACCUUCCAAUUCUUCUUCUUCCUCUCAGUAUCAGUACAAGACUCAUAAUCCUAGUCCACAAGCAUUGCAUUUGCAAGGGGGAACUAUAAUCCACAACCACCACCAGGGAUAUGGAGGGUCAUCAUUAGGUGCAGUGAAUGUUCUCAGAAAUUCAAAGUAUGUGAAGGCAGCUCAGGAAUUGCUGGAAGAGUUUUGCAGUGUUGGGAGGGGUCAAUUUAAGAAAAGCAAGUUCAGUAACCAGAAUUCAUCAAAUCCUGGUGGUGGCGGUGGCGGCGGUGAUUCUUCAAAGGAAGCUCCUCCUCCUCCGCCGUUGUCAGCAGCUGAUAGAAUUGAGCAUCAGAGAAGGAAGGUCAAACUCCUAGCCAUGCUUGAUGAGGUUGACCGAAGAUACAACCACUACUGCGAGCAAAUGCAGAUGGUGGUGAAUUCAUUUGACCUCAUGAUGGGGUUCGGUGCGGCAGUUCCAUACACAGCACUGGCGCAGAAGGCAAUGUCUCGGCACUUCCGGUGCCUGAAGGAGGCGAUUGCGGCACAGCUAAAGCACAGUUGUGAGGUGCUGGGGGAGAAAGAUGGGGCCGGGGGUUCAGGCUUGACGAGGGGAGAGACGCCGAGGCUGAAGAUGCUGGAGCAGAGCCUGAGACAGCAGAGAGCGUUCCAGCAGAUGGGGAUGAUGGAACAGGAAGCUUGGAGACCACAGAGAGGGUUGCCUGAACGCUCUGUCAACAUUUUGAGAGCCUGGCUUUUUGAGCAUUUUCUUCACCCGUACCCAAGCGAUGCAGAUAAGCAUCUGUUGGCAAGACAGACUGGGCUAUCAAGAAAUCAGGUAUCAAACUGGUUCAUAAAUGCCAGGGUACGGUUGUGGAAACCCAUGGUGGAAGAGAUGUACCAACAAGAACGCAAAGAAGUAGAGUGUGCAGAAGAGAGAGAAAGGAACCAAAGCAAUAGUGGCCAACAACAAGCACAAACUCCAACCACACCACCAUCAUCUGCAACAUCAACAGCGCCACCACCUCCAACAACAACAACGACAAAACCAACAGGCAAAAGAUCCGAUAUCAAUGCCACUGAAAGCGACCCUUCACUCCAUGCAAUCAAUAGAUCACAAAGCUUCUCGGAAAACCAAGCAAACCAUUCAGCCACCACCACGGCCAUCAACAAUGCCACCACCGCCUCUGAGGUGGCGCCACCCGUGUCUCAGUGCUUUGACUCAGUCUCAGACGAUGACCUGCCACCGCACAGGUCAAUUAUGGCCGCAGACGACAAGUGUCGCCAUGGCAGCUUGGUUGCAGCAGAUUACGGGACCGCGCCUGCAAGUGGUGGUGGUGGUGACAUUGGAUCCACACUCAUCAGAUUUGGGACCACCGCCGGUGACGUGUCACUCACCCUAGGGCUACGCCACGCCGGGAACACGCCGGAGAAAACUAAUUCCUUCUCUGUUAGAGACUUUGGAGGGAUUUAAUUAGACAAUUCAAUCAACAUAGUACUCACAUUAUUACAUCAUCAUAAUAUGAUCAUAUACAAGAAGAUGCAUGCUUUAUUAAUUAUGUUAUAUCAUCACAAGAUAACAUUUUUUGCCCCUUUGAUGUCUCUCUUAUAUUCCUUAGUCUUUUUAUUUGCAUUGUGAAAGGACAGCAAAAAGUGGUAAUAAGAUAUGAGAAACGCAGUCUUAAGUUAUAGCUAGUUAGGUGUAGCUCUAUCUCUAUAUAUUGUACAACUGUAUAGCAGAUUGUUCUCCAUGAUUUUGUUGGCCAUAUAUGUAUUUAAUUGUUCGAUUUUUGUAACUA